AUGGAAAUGGGACGUUGUUGGAAUGCCAACGCCACCCUGCUGCUCAGCUUCCCUCAGCCUUUCCUGAAUACCCAUCUGCAGAGGGAGGAAGGGAAGGAGGAAGGUGGUAAAAAUAGAGAGAGGUACCAGGGAGGGGGAGAGAGAGCCUAUUCUCAUUGACGAAAGUUGAAGAGGCACCGCAACGAGAUUUUAAUUGACAUAAUAUGUACAUAAACUUUUCAAUUUACAUCACAUCUUUGUCGUUGUGGCUGGCAACGUGACAUUCUUGCUCUGCAUCUCCAAUUUACGGUAAACAUCACAGUAGCCACUAGGCAGUAAACAAGUGUUACGGAGUUAAGAAUGUGCGGUAAACUCACUCCAGCGCUAGCUUGAAAUAUUGCGGAUGGAGCCAUCCAAUCAGUACCUUUUAGGUGUCUCAAACUGUUGGUACGUUGUCGAAGGCGAUCACUGGUUCGAGCCCAGUAUGGGGCAAUCGGACAGUGGAGGAAGUUAAGCACAUUGACCCGCGCUACACAUGCAAACCUUUCAUCUAAAACAUAACACUAUUACACUCUUGAAUAAUGGAACCAAACCAUAAUACACUCUUGAAUAAUGCAACAAUUCACAACCAUGUGCAAACAAUUAAAGGGUUUAUUUCUUGUUUGUACAUGCAUUAAAUUAGCUUGCACAGCUGGCUCCUAGCUAGUAACGUUUGCAUAUCAAACAUGAAUAUUGUACUCUCUCAUACGAAUAUAAAGGUACUGUAACUAUCAUACAGUGUCGUUCAUAGUAUAAUAGCUACAGAGCUUGCUAUGUAGCAAACUAAACUAAAUUAUUUCUGCAUUCUCCUUAGCUACAUCAUAAAAGCUGCGUUAGGUAGUUAGCGGAAUGCUGACGUUAGCCAUAGCUCUUAGGCCUACAUUACAAUUUAAGUGUAUUACAUGAAAGGUUCACCCAUUUUGAAUGUUAUAUUGUUUUUGUGCAUCUCUGAGUGAUGUUCUAUUGAUUCCCUUGGUAAUUUCGUGUUUUCAUGUGUAUCUGAGUUAUUGGCGUUCAAGCAGGCAGAAAUCAGGCCGGGAUGACCUAGCACUGAGAUAAAGUCGCUGUCACUACACUGGAAAUUAAUAGGAAUAAGACUUUCAGAUUGCGAAAACGUCUAUCAUACAUGUCAGAUUUCAAUACUGGCCGAUGUCAUAACUCGGGAGGAUGUCUUCUCUCCAAUGAGCCAUUGAUCAUAUUUUUGCGAUAUUUGUACCUCGAGAAAUGUGUAAUUUAAUGGAGGGUCUAGCACAUUUUUCCUAUUUGUCUGCCUCUUUAAUCCAGGUGUUUGCAUUGUGCCGUUGCCAGAGAUAUUACAGAAAGGAGAUAAGAAUCCAAUGAAUGAAGGUAGGUAUAACGCCCGACCUGUCGACUAUCGACCAAUCACGUUCAUGCAGCGUCACGCGGUUGUUAAACUAAUCUCGAAAGUACGUAAUUUAAUGAUUCCAAAACUAUACGAUAUUACAGAUAGCAAAUUCAUUAUCUCACAUCUCAGAAAAGAUGUUGACUAAAUUCAUGCUAAUGUUGGGUUUUUGAGCUAGCGCCCAAUCGUCCAGAAUGCAACGCUCGGCCCAUGGCGUAGCAUGGCGAAUGUUAGACUCCACUCUGUGAGGCACAUCGAUCUGCAGGUUGAACAUGGUGAGAUUGUAGACUCCUAAUUUGAUAGUGCAGUUUGUUUAGGCGAUUUUACAGCUAACUACCUACUUUAUAUGCUGAUAUUGUCUUUGAUAUUGUGUGUAGCUACAUUUGCUAGCUAGCUAGCCAACCUUAUUAUAAAACAUUAGUGUUAUUUAAUACUGUAAAUUAAAGGCAUGAGUGGUUUUGGGUGGAUUUUUCCUUUAAGUUACCUUACAAACCAGGCUUCAUUAUAUAAAUAUCAUGGAAGUCAUUAUAUGAGGUAAAAAACAUAUUGCGACUGAAAACGUUGAUAAUUCCCAGGGGACUUGAUGAACUUCAUAAUUGCAUAGCUAGCUAGAUCUUAUAUUGCCUGGAUGGUGGCUCAGUGCAGCACAUUUAGAUUCUUAUACAGCGACAAUUUCAGAAAGUAACAGGCAGUUACUGCAAUUUCGGGUGAAUACUCAAUAAAACAAGUCUUAAAUAUUAUGAACACGUCUAUACAUUUCAGUUGUUUAAAAAACAUUACUGUGCUAUUGCUAUUUUUACUGUAGUAGUGUUGGGCUCAACGAGACAAUUAUGUUUACACUGCCCUACUUGGAGGGGGGCAAGUGUCGUGCACAACCUCAGGAGGUAGAGGUCGAGACAUGGCAAGUUUACAUUGCAGUAAUAAGUCCAUUCACAGGAUUUAGUUUGAUACCUCUCAAGAAUCUCCUUCAACUUUCAUCAAUGAAAAAGGACCAAAGAGAUAGGUACCAAGAGAGGGUGCUGGGAAAGAUAGAGAGAGGGGCAUACUCUAAGCCAGUUCAGUGUCAGGUUUAAUAUGAAAAUAUUUAAUUUGCAUCUCAAUGUAUUUCCUUCCAUGAUUUCAGCCUUUCAGCUCUUGGCUCUGUAUCCUCAAAUAUUCAGGAAGCACUCUCAUCAACCUCAGCUUGCUGCAUUGGCACAAUAAACAAUAUUCUGCCUAGCAUUAUAUGGUGGACCACCAACAACCUACUGAAGUCGCAGAGAAAACGUUUUUGUAAUGUGGGCACAUAGAGGAUUUCAGUACCUCUAUUGAGUACCAGUUCAUGCAAUGUGAUUUCCCUCAUAGCCUCAUGUGGGUUGUUGUGUUUGUUGAUUCAUGUUGUAUGUUGAUUAUGGAGAUGAGAUGAUAUCAUCUUCUCGGUAUGCCACCAUGGCACCAAGGAAUCACUGGGCCUUGUCCUCCAUGCUAGAUGGAGCUGUCAAGCAACCCAUUUUCCCAACAUUAUUUUCUGGGGACACCUCAGAGUAUCCAUAGCAACAUGCAUCAAUUGAGCCAUUGACCCAUUUAGAAUCAAAAUAGUUUUCUGAAGGACUCUCUGGAGCAUGUGAAAAUGUGAACUGGGUUUUCUGAAGGACUCUGGAGCAUAUGAAAACUGUGAACUGGGCCAAUCAAUGGUCCUGUGAAUGGGCUAGCCGUACACGCACACACGUGAUUCUGCGAAGCACAUAGUGUUACAGUGGUACCCCCUACAGAGUCUGUAUCACGGUCUGUUUAGAAAGAGUAUCACAGCCAAUAAAAGCAGCUGUUAAUUGCAAAAAUGUCUGUCAAUAGACCUUGGACUGUGUGUGUGUGUGAUCUCAUGAUCAUGAGAGAGGAUGUUUUCCAUGGAAUAUAUUAUUGAACUGAAUAACUAGAAUUGUUCUGAACAGCUUAUGAGGAGUAUGCCUGUAUGAUCCAGGUCAUCACCAUGGGUACCAGAAAGCACAUGGUCAUAGCAGUGGAAUCAGCCAGCCGUUCUGCCCCUCCAGACAGUUUGGCUGGGGUUUGGAGGAUCAAUCGAAUCUGAUGGCAGAAGUCCCAGCAUGUCCUAAUAUGGUCGGGUACUAGACCGCUAAACUCCAUUAAAUGCUUUUUGAUCUCAUGGUAAACAACGAUGAGUCAUCAUGCCUUGUCAGCUGAGAACUAGAACACUUGAACAGAGACAUGCUUGCUCUGUCAUUUACUUUAUUUAGGGCAAGAUGACACUUGAAUGUGUUAUAUGAGAGCAACACAUUUCCUAUUGUUAGCUACAAGGGAACUUAGAAACGACAACAUUAAAAAAAACAUUUUAGUAUCCAGAGCGACUUUCAUACAUUUGUCAUACUGAUCCCCCAUGGGAAUCGAACCCACAACCUUGGCGUUGCAAGUGCCAUGCUCUAACAACUGAGCUACACAGGACCAACUAUAUGUGAAAAAGCGGUGCUCUCAGAUUGCAAUAAGAGUUAAUUGUAGAACUUGUACGGUGGUCCACAAGUUUAGCCUCCAACUUUUAAUCAAAACCAAACAAUACUUUUGUGCAUUCACUGCAAAUUAUCCAGUAGAUUUCUGAUUUAGUUUGAAUAAUUUAAUCAUUCUAUUUCCUAUCUCUCCACAGAGGUGCUCAUCAGAGUCCAGGUGUUUGACAACAGUGACCUUUCACCUCUGGCAGAGGCUGCAGUGGAGGUUUAUGGGAACCAGUCUACCUUGGCAUCCAGCAAGGCGGGCAAAGAUGGCGUCGUCAUGGUCACCUUCCUGUACCACCCUGGCACCUGGGUCAUUGUCACGGCAACCAAACAGGGCUUUGUCACUAACUCUGCCCCCUGGCAUGCCAGCCGCAUCCCCUGUGAGUAUAGUGUUUCAUCCCUAACAUGUCACUCUUUCACCUCAGGAAUGAAAAUAAUGUUGUGUUGUUGUGGUUUACCACCAUUCCAUCAGUCUUAUUCAUACUACUUUGUGUGAUCACUUUAUGAGAACUUAAUCCUCACAAAGCUAUAUUUUGAAUACUGAUGGCUAAACUAUGCAAGUAAUGGAAGAAUUACAAGAAUAAUUACCAGAAUCCUUUGGGACAUUUGAUGGAAUCAGAGGCCAUGAUGCCAUCAUAAAGGAAUGUCCAACAAGCCGUCUCUGCCGAUCUAUCCUCUGUGGGGUGUGGACAGUCCUACCCAGUUGUUGUUUAACCACACAUCCCCCACCAUAUUUCACCUUCUUUGCCUCCUCCUCUCUGGGUCCACUGCCAGGGUGUUACCCCUGCGUCGGCACACCCCAGAUGACUCCCACCAUCUGCAGCAUCUCUGUCUCCACCCGCCCACCCCAUCUCACCCAGUUGUUGCUGUAGUGAUAUCCCACCCUCGGAGCUGCAAAUUCAGCCGUAAGGGAAAGAGCUGUCCUGUCGGCACUAGCAGCUGGAAGCCACUUAGCUGUUAGUGCUGGUCUACUUUUAGCAUCAGGGCCAAAAAGUGACAGGAGCCUGGGCCUGUAUGAACUGUAUGUUGUCCUCCACUAUCCACCCUUAAGAGUUAACCAACCCCAUGGCUGCAUCAUGGGCCCUGGUCAAAAGUAGUGUACUACAUAGGGAAUAGGGUGCCAUUUGGGAGGCUGACCAUGGCUGUGGUGUUUUUUAUAGCAUCUCUUCUCUGACCUGGCAUUGGUCCUUGAGGGUGAAAUUGCAUGGAUGCCAAUGCCAUCAUGCAAUGGAUAGGGUUGUGACAAUUUUUUAAUAACCGUGCAAUCGACGAUUAUGGAUGAAGUCCGUCAUGAAAAUAAAAUAACCGUCAUAACUGUUUUAAUGUUAAAAAAAAUAUAUAUUGGCUGCUAGAUGUAAACCAGGAUUACUUUUACUUUGCUGCUUUUGGGUAAAGUUUGUCGACUUUAAAUACAUUUUAUAUUCAAGUCGACAAACUUUACCCAAAAGCAGCAAAGUAAAAGUAAUCCUGGUUUACAUCUAGCAGCUAAUAUAAGGACAAAGGAGAGGAAGAAAAACUAGCUAGUUUUAGAAUUUUGUGUUGUGGAACAAACAGCUAACUGAAGACGGGACGGCCAGGCAAUGAAAAAGAUGACACGUGCGGUAGGGUUGGGGGUAUCCAGAUUUUCAUACAUCAUACGUUUCUGUACCUUAUCGGGGUGUACGUCCUCUGCCUCCGAUGUAAACAAACAACAAAGGGCACUCUAUACCAGGCGGUGUCAGAGGAAGGCCCUCAAAAUUGUCAAAGACUCCAGUCACCCUAGUCAUAGACUGUUCUCUCUGCUACCGCACGGCAAGCGGUACCGGAGUGCCAAGUCUAGGUCCAAAAGACUUCUCAACAGCUUCUACCCCCAAGCCAUAAGACUCCUGAACAGCUAAUCAUGGCUACCCGGACUAUUUGCACUGCCCCCCCACCCCAUCCCUUUUACGCUGCUGCUACUCUGUUAAGUAUUUAUGCAUAGUCACUUUAACUCUACCCACAUGUACAUAUUACCUCAACUAGCCGGUGCCCCCGCACAUUGACUAUGCAACGGUACCCCCCUGUAUAUAUAGCCUCCCUACUGUCACUUUAUUCUAUUGUAUAUAUAGCCUCCCUACUGUCACUUUAUUUUUUACUUCUGCUCUUUUUUUCUCAACACUUUUUUGUUGUUGUUUUAUUCUUACUUUUUUGUUUAAAAUAAAUGCACUGUUGGUUAAGGGCUGUAAGUAAGCAUUUCACUGUAAUGUCUGCACCUGUUGUAUUCGGCGCAUGUGACCAAUAAAAUUUGAUUUGAUUUGAUUUGACUCCGUUUUUGAACAUACCCGAACCAAGGUGCAUUUGGUGGCAGCAAGCAUUGUAGACUAAGUUAAAGAGGGUACCCAGGUUAUAGUUAACACUCAAAAUCAGAAAAAAUAAUAGACACUACAGCCAGAGUCUUCCGAACAGCCUUACAAGGAGUCUAAACGUCGUGGCUUUGAGCAAGAAAUUGACUGUCGGGAGUUAAAUGGACUUGACAUGGGGAGAGUCAUUGUGGGAGAUUUUGAAAGCUAAGGUAGGAACAUAUUUUUCCUUUACAAACUUGUUCUGUACUGUGAACUUAAUCUGAGUAUGUGCUUCAUAUUAUCACAUAGGCAGGAGGCCUACGUAUUCUCAAAUGUGUGUUCUGCUGUAGCCUACAUUGAUUUAUUUUAUUUUAAGUCAUAUUCCAAUAUUGUGAUAUUUGUUCUACCGCUACAUUGAUGUCUUGAAAAUUAGGCUAUAAGAAAUUUGGACUUGUGUAAGCCCCACAGCUAUACUCGAGUAUGUGGGGUGUUCUGCAGUGACGUCUAAAAUGCUAUGAAUUAAUCAGCACCUUGGAGAGCGCUGUCCAUUUCUCCACAAUAGAUAGUAGGCUACUUGGCUGUUUAGUCUGCCUGCUGCCCUGCUACGUUGUGUUUGUCACUUCUUUUCUCUUACGGUACCUCAGAGCCCCCCGGAUAACGCCCCCUCUCGCGCUCACUAUGUGUUCCGGGACCUCCCGAUUUACAAAUUAAGCAGUGUGCAUUGUAAGGGCACCCCAACCUCUGAUCCCAGGGUUGGGGUCAAUUACAUUAUGAAUUCAGUUAAUUCAGGAAGUAAAGUUUCAUUCCAUUUCAGUUAGUAUUGGAAUAGAAAGUUGGCAUUGGAAUGUAAGUUUCCUUACUGAAUUGAAACAGAAUAGUCCCUAACCGUGUUUGAUCCCUUCACUGAUCUGGCUCCAUGCCUUAGACUGUGGUGGGAAUAUUUCCUGUGGUUUCCAUCGUCGUAAUUCAUCCCUCAUACCGUUUGAGUUGAUAAUGUUCUGAAAGCAUCUGUUGUCACUCGAACAGCCAGGUGGAUUGAUCCAGCACACAUUCCUUGUUGAUAGUCUCACUGAGGCCUCCAAGCUUUUAAAAGGCCAAUAAGCUUUUAACUGCCAUUCAUUUGCGGGCAGAGAGCUGCUUCAGAAGUGAUGGAACAUUACUGUAGCUCUUUCCUCCAUUAUUCCAACCGCAGCACCUUUUUGAUCCAAUGCUUUUUUACCUGCACUCUCUGAUACUGUAGCCUACAUUCAAUGACAUACAGUACCAGUCAAAAGUUUGGACACACCUACUAAUUCAAGGGUUUUAAUUUUUUAAAACUAUUUUCUACAUUGUAGAAUAAUAAUGAAGACAUCAUAACUAUGAAAUAACACAUAUGGAAUCAUGUAGUAACCAAAAAAGUGUUAAACAAAUCAAAAUAUAUUUUAGAUUUUUAGAUUCUUCAAAGUAGCCACCCUUUGCCUUGAUGACUGCUUUGCACACUCUUGGCAUUCUCUCAACCAGCUUCAUGUGGUAGUCACAUGGAAUGCUUUUCCAACAGUCUUGAAGGAGUUUCCACAUAUGCUGAGCACUUUUUGGCUGCUUUUCCUUCACUCUGCAGUCCAACUCAUCCCAAACCAUCUCAAUUGGGUUGAGGUCAGGUGAUUGUGGAGGCCAGGUCAUCUGAUGCAGCACUCCAUCACUCUCCUUCUUGGUCAAAUAGCCCUUACACAGCCUGGAGGUGUUUUGGGUCAUUGUCCUGUUGGAAAAACAAAUGAAAGUCCCACUAAGCACAAACCAGGUGAGAUGGCGUAUCGCUGCAGAAUGCUGUGGUAGCCAUGCUGGUUAAGUGUGCCUUGAAUUCUAAACAAAUCACUGACUGUCACCAGCAAAGCACUCCCACACCAUCACACUUCCUCCUCCAUGCUUCACGGUGGGAUCCACACAUGCAGAGAUCAUCUGUUCACCUAAUGUGCAUCUCACAAAGACACGGCGGUUGGAACCAAAAAUCUCUCAUUUGUACUCAUCAGACCAAAGGACAGAUUUCCACCGGUCUACUGUCCAUUGCUCGUGUUUCUUGGCCCAAGCAAGUCUCUUCUUCUUAUUGGUCUCCUUUAGAAGUGGUUUCUUUGCAGCAAUUCGACCAUGAAGGCCUGAUUCACGCAGUCUCCUCUGAACAGUUGAUGUUGAGAUGUGUCUUUUAUUUUAACUGUGAAGCAUUUAUUUGGGCUGCAAUUUCUGAGGCUGGUAACUCUAAUGAACUUGUCCUCUGCAGCAGAGGUAACUCUGGGUCUUCCUUUCCUGUGGCGGUCCUCAUGAAAGCCAGUUUCAUCAUAGCGCUUGAUGGUUUUUGCGACUGCACAUGAAGAAACUUUCAAAGUUCUUGAAAUGUUCCGUAUUGACUGACCUUCAUGUCUUAAAGUAAUGAUGGACUGUCGUUUCUCUUUGCUUAUUUGAGCUGUUCUUGCCAUAAUAUGGACUUGGUCUUUUACCAAAUAGGGAUAUCUUCUCUAUAACAACCUUACCUUGUCACAACACAACUGAUUGGCUCAAAUGCAUUAAGAUGGAAAGAAAUUCCACAAAUUAACUUAACAAGGCACACCUGUUAAUUGAAAUGCAUUCCAGGGAAUAUCUCAUGAAGCUAGUUGAGAGAAUGCCAAGAGUGUGCAAAGCUAUCAUCAAUGCAAAGGGUGGCUACUUUGAAGCAUCUCAAAUAUAAAAUAUAUUUUGAUUUGUUUAACACUUUUUUUGGUUACAACAUGAUUCCAAAUGUGUUAUUUCAUAGUUUUGAUGUCUUCACUAUUAUUCUACAAUGUAGAAAAUAGUCAAAAUAAAGAAAAACCUUGAAUGAGUAGGUGUGUCCAAACCUUUGACUGGCACUGUUUGUUCAUAAUGAUUGAAUGAGGAACAAUGUUCAUCCAAGUGGUAAACCUCUUUCUUGUCUUUUUUGUUUUCUUUUUGUGUUUCUCAUUUUCACAAACCCUUUUAAUUGCUCUUCCAUUUCAUAUCUGCAUUUGUUCCCCAGCCAUUGUUGUCUCUGUCAACAAGUUCUCUCCACAGAGCACACACACUGUCAGCAGACUUAGCAUUGUAAGUAUGGGUAUACAGAAAUAGACAAACUCCAAUGUCCCCAAGUUAUCCCCCUGGGCCCUGCCUAUUACCCCAAUUAAGUUUCCAUGGAUUCUGGAAUCACUGAAGUCAUUCUUAAGUGAACUGGAUUGGUUAAAUGAACUUCAUUUGGAAUAUAUUUCAUAAGAUAUUUAUUCUCUAUAGGUCUAUACUAUAAUCCUAUUUAAUUUAAUUACAGUAUAUCCAUAUAUAUUCCUGAGCCAUUUUAAUAAGGCACUGUAUGGAAAUUGGAGAGGGCUGCAGAGUUCUGACAGCAGAACAGAAUCAUGUCUUUGAUGAUUGUGAUAAUGAGAAUCCACUCGGUCUGUUUGCAUUUCACAAACUUUAUAGACACUUAAACCAUUAUGACAUUGCAGAAAUCUGAAGAGCAAUGCUAGCCUGGUCUCAGUUCUGUUUAUAUAGUCAACUCAUAUGGUCGUUAUCAUAGGGUAGGAUUUGGCAAGACUGCACAAACAGAUCUGGGACCAGGCUAGGAGAUAUACAGCUUUGUUGUCCCUAUCACAAUAACUACCAUAUGUGUAUGAACAUAAGUUAAUCAAUAACUAUGUGUAAACUGUUAACGUACUAUAACCAUGACUCAACAAUCUGAGAGAGGAUGUGGGUCAGCCCUGCAUCCUUUGUCCCAUAUGCUUUCAAACCCCAAAACGCCUUCCCCCUUAGAGAGAUGUCUCUUCAACAGUCUCUGUCAGUAGUGUUCUGUUCAUCGCUGACUAUGUUUGCCCCUCUAUUCUACUCUCGUAUUUUAUUAUCGUCGGUCUAAGAGACACAAAUGUCUAUUUUGAAAGCCGCAGUGUCCUACAGCCCGGCUAGGCCGUCCCCUCCAGCCCUUCUAUAAUCUGUGGUUGUCAUGCAAGUCCCAGGGAUGGAUGACUCAUCGCCAUCGCUGAUAUGUUUCAUUGUGCAGCGAGACUGGGUGCUGCUUCGCUCACAGCUCUGAUUGACUCAGCUGAAGUCAGGGGGCAGAACCUGAACUGAUCACAACCUGGAAGGGUGGAUGAUUAAACAGGUGUCUAGGAGGCAUUUUCGCAUUGCUUUCUUAUGUUGACUCUCUUUCCCCUAAUGUGGAUUCUCUCUCUCUCUCUCUCUCUCUCUCUCUCUCUCUCUCUCUCUCUCUCUCUCUCUCUCUUUCCAUCUGUCUUUCCUCCCCAUCCCCUUUACCUUCUCCCCUUCCCAAAUUCACCCUAUCUUUCUCCCUCUGUCACAGUCUUUUCUGGCUCUAGCUCUGGCUCUCUCUCCCCCCAUCUGUGCCUCAGGCCUAAUGCUGUAUAUGAUCUGCUCUGACAAGCAGUCACCUUCCCCUUUCUCUGCUUCCCAUGGUGGAGAAUAUUAAACACUGUGGGAUCUGCCUGUGUGUGUGUGUGUGUGUGUGUGUGUGUGUGUGUGUGUGUGUGUGCGUGUGCGAUCUGUGUGUGUGUCUGUGUGCAUGAGCGAAAGGGGCGAAUGUCACAGUACCAUCUAUGAACCUGGGGUGGCGUAACCUGCCAGUCUCACUCUAACUGUAGUUCUUAGCUCUUGGAAAGCAUCCACCCCCACACAGAGCAUACUUAUACAGCCUAAUAAUUCAAGCUGCAGGGAACGGUGUAAACACUGCAUGCUGCAUCGACUCUCCUUCUAAACCACAGUGACUUCAAUCAAUCACAUUUGAUUGGCCACAUGCACCGAAUACAACAGGUGCAGACAUUGCAGUGAAAUGCUUACUUACAGCCCUUAAACCAACAGUGAAUUUAUUUUUAAUAAAAAAGUAAAAUAAAACAACAACAAAAAAGUGUUGAAAAGUGCAAAUAGUCCGGGUAGCCAUGAUUAGCUGUUCAUGAGUCUUAUGGCUUGGGGGUAGAAGCUGUUGAAAAGUAUUUUGGACCUAGACUUGGCACUCCGGUACCGCUUGCCGUGCGGUAGCAGAGAGAACAGUCAAUGACUAGGGUGGCUGGAGUCUUUGACAAUUUUGAGGGCCUUCCUCUGACACCGCCUGGUAUAGAGGUCCUGGAUGGCAGGAAGCUUGGCCCCAGUGAUGUACUGGGCCGUACGCACUACCCUCUGUAGUGCCUUGCGGUCGGAGGCCAAGCAGUUGCCAUACCAGACGGUGAUGCAACCAGUCAGGAUGCUCUCGAUGGUGCAGCUGUAUAAUUGUUUGAGGAUCUGAGGACCCAUGCCAAAUCUUUUCAGUCUCCUGAGGGGGAAUAGGCUUUGUCGUGCCCUCUUCACGACUGUCUUGGUGUGUUUGGACCAUGAUAGUCCGUUGGUGAUGUGGACACCAAGGAACUUGAAGCUCUCAACCUGUUCCACUACAGCCCCGUCGAUGAGAAUGGGGGCGUGCUCAGUCCUCUUUUUUUCCCCUGUAGUCCACAAUCAUCUCCUUUGUCUUGGUCACGUUGCGGGAGAGGUUGUUAUCCUGGCACCACACGGCCAGGUCUCUGACCUCCUCCCUAUAGGCUGUCUCAUCGUUGUCAGUGAUCAGGCCUACCACUGUUGUGUCGUCGGCAAACUUAAUGAUAGUGUUGGAGUCGUGCCUGGCCAUGCAGUCAUGGGUGAACAGGGAAUACAGGAGGGGACUGAGCACGCACCCCUGAGGGGCCCCCAUGUUGAGGAUCAGUGUGGCAGAUGUGUUGUUACCUACCCUUACCACCUGGGGGCGGCCCGUCAGGAAGUCCAGGAUCCAGUUGCAGAGGGAGGUGUUUAGUCCCAGGAUCCUUGGCUUAGUGAUGAGCUUUGAGGGCACUAUGGUGUUGAAUGCUGAGCUGUAGUCAAUGAAUAGCAUUCUCAUGUUGGUGUUCCUCUUGUCCAGGUGGGAAAGGGCAGUGUGGAGUGCAAUAGAGAUUGCAUCAUCUGUGGAUCUGUUGGGGCGGUAUGCAAAUUGGGGUGGGUCUAGGGUUUCUGGGAUAAUGGUGUUGAUGUGAGCCAUGACCAGCCUUUCAAAGCACUUUAUGGCUACAGACAUCAGUGCUACGGGUCGGUAGUCAUUUAGGCAGGUUAUCUUAGUGUCCUUGGGCACGGAGACUAUGGUGGUCUGCUUGAAACAUGUUGGUAUUACAGACUCAGUCAGGGACAUGUUGAAAAUGUCAGUGAAGACACUUGCCAGUUGGUCAGCACAUGCUUGGAGUAAACGUCCUGGUAAUCCGUCUGGCCCUGCGGCCUUGUGAAUGUUGACCUGCUUAAAAGUCUUACUCACAUCAGCUACAGAGAGCGUGAUCACAUAGUCAUCCGGAACAGCUGGUGCUCUCAUGCAUGCUUCAGUGUUGCUUGCCUCGAAGCGAGCAUAGAAGUGGUUUAGCUCGUCUGGAAGUCUUGUGUCACUGGGCAGCUCGCGGCUGUGCUUCCCUUUGUAGUCUGUAAUAGUUUUCAAGCCCUGCCACAUCCGACGAGCGACAGAGCCGGUGUAGUACGAUUCAAUCUUAGUCCUGUAUUGACUCUUUGCCUGUUUGAUGGUUCGUCGGAGGGCAUAGUGGGAUUUCUUAUAAGCGUCCGGGUUAGAGUCCCGCUCCUUGAACGCGGCAUCUCUAACCUUUAGCUCAGUACGGAUGUGUCCUGUAAUCCAUGGCUUCUGGUUGGGGUAUGUACGUACGGUCACUGUGGGGACGACGUCUUCUAUGCACUUAUUGAUGAAGCCAGUGACUGAUGUGGUGUACUCCUCUUUUUAUGCAUCUCUGUGUGUGGAGUAAAGGUGGUCUAGAGUUUUUUUUCCUCUGGUUGCACAUUUAACAUGCUGGUAGAACGGAUUUAAGUUUCCCUGCAUUAAAGUCCCCAGCCACUAGGAGCGCUGCCUCUGGAUGAGCGUUUUCCUGUUCACUUAUGGCCUUAUACAGCUCAUUCAGUGCAAUCUUAAUGCCAGCAUUGGUUUGUGGUGGUAAAUAGACAGCUAUGAAAAAUAUAGAUGAAAACUCUCUUGGUAAAUAGUGUGGUCUACAGCUUAUCAUAAGAUACUCUACCUCAGGCGAGCAAAACCUCGAGACUUCCUUAGUAUUUGAUUUUGUGCACCAGCUGUUGUUUACAAAUAUACACAGACCGCCAGCCCUUGUCUUACCAGAAUCAGCCAUUCUAUCUUGCCGAUGUAACGUAUAUCCCGCCAGCUGUAUGUUGUCCAUGUCGUCAUUCAGCCACGACUCGGUGAAACAUAAGAUAUUACAGUUUUUAAUGUCCCGUUGGUAGGAUAACCGUAAUCUUAGGUCAUCCAAUUUAUUCUCAAAUGAUUGAAGAUUGGCUAAUAGGAUUGAUGGGAGAGGCAGUUAACUCGCUCGCCGUCGGAUCCUUUCAAGGCACCCCGACCUACGUCCACGAUAUCUCCGUCUCUUCCUCAUGCGAAUGACAGGGAUUUGGGCCUUAUCGGGUGUCUGUAGGAUAUCCUUCGCGGCCGCCUCGUUGAAGAAAAAAUCUUCGUCCGAUACGAGGUGAGUAAUCGCUGUCCUGAUAUCCAGAAGCUCUUUUUGGUUAUAAGAGACGAUGGCAGAAACAUUAUGUACAAAAUAAAUUACAAAUAACGCAGAAAAACACACAUAAUAGUACAAUUUGUUAGAGGGCUGUAAAACGGCAGCCGUCUUCUCUGGCACCAUUUAGUUUCUUCACAUACAGACAUCUGCACACAAAGCUUUCCCUUUAUGGAAUGAUCAGCAUUUAACAUACAAUACACAGUAUAUGUCUUACCAAGCUGUAGAUAUAUUGUGCAUCCAAUAAAAUAAAAUAAAUACUUUUUCUUUUAAUUAUUGUAUUUUAAGCUCUUGCAGAAUGUAUCAAGCAAAUGACAACUGUAUACCAAUUGACUGAUUGAGAUGAGUGUGCACUUGGUUUUACUGUGAGGAUCUGUGCAAUGAAAAAAUUCACAAAAACCUUAAUAAAUGUUAUGUUUUGAGUCCUUGAGUACAUGAUGUCUCUGCUGAAUUAUGCACACAGGCUUAUACCUCAGGGGGUACAUCAGUAGCAGCAGCACCCUGAUUCUUCUCAAUAACAUUAGCGUGCUUAACCCAGACUGAACACUGUACUCAAUGAUGCGUUCUGGGAUCAGUCUGGUUAAACCAGGGUAGAUAGGCACUGGGCACUGCAGCUUACUCCAGCCACCAUGCUAAUGUGUCCUGGAGAGUAGCCAGCACUUUCUACAGCUUCAGAUGGUCCAGAUAGCCCUAGGCUAUACUGGUCAGUGGGUAUAGUCAGAUUCCUAGAGACAGAUGGGGAAAAAAAACAUUCUGGAGUUGAGCCAAGUAAUGAAUGCCAUUCAAUAACCUUACUCUACUUCAGUGGUUCCCAAACUGUGGGGCGCGAGGGCCCCCCAAAACUCGGUCCGGGUUUCAACUUACUCCUGAAUGUUGUGAUAGUAAACUCAGCAAAAAAAAUUGUAAAAAUCAAAAUAACUUCACAGAUCUUCAUUGUAAAAGGUUUAAACACUGUUUCCCAUGCUUGUUCAAUGAACCAUAAACAAUUAAUGAACAUGCACCUGUGGAACGGUCGUUAAGACACUAAUAGCUUACAGACGGUAGGCAAUUAAGGUCACAGUUAUGAAAACUUAGGACACUAACGAGGCCUUUCUACUGACUCUGAAAAACACCAAAAGAAAGAUGCCCAGGGUCCCUGCUCAUCUGCGUGAACGUGCCUUAGGCAUGCUGCUGUACUUAAUGAGGAGGAGAUGCACUGCUGUACUUAAUGCAGCUGGUGGCCACACCAGAUACUGACUGUUGCUUUUGAUUUUGACUCCCCCUUUGUUCAGGGACAUAUUAGUCACAUGUCUGUGGAACUUGUUCAGUUUAUGUCUCAGUUGUUGAAUCUUGUUAUGUUCAUACAAAUAUUUACACAUGUUAAGUUUGCUGAAAAUAAACGCAGUUGACAGUGAGAGGACGUUUCUUUUUUUGCUGAGUUUAGAAUGCACAAGGUGCAAUUUUGAAAUUGGGUAGUGCAUCAGCAGUUUUCCUCACGUCAUGUCAGUCAUUGCAGAGAGCUAUUUGUAACUCAGAAAUGUCCAGAUCAGCUAACCUUUUUUAGCAAGGUUUUUUUAGCCCAUUGCUUUUGUUGUAAUGUUUGAGUCACUCAAAUAUCACAUGAACACACAUAAGACAUGGCAAAAUGGGUAGAAUUGUAGGAAAUGAGCUAUAAAACUGAAAACUGUUCUCUGCACCGCAUGACAAAAUGUAUAGAAUUGCAGGAAAUUAGCUUUAAAACUAGAACCGCUUGAAUGUUGGUGUUUUUAGUUGUUAAACUAAUGAAAAUCUUUUUUUUAUUUUUAUAAAAAUAUAUUUUCAUAAGUUUCACAACUAAAAACGCCAACAUUCAAGUGUUCAAUCAGUUUUUGUUCGUGGAGUGCCUUUGUUGCAAAUAUAACAACAAAAUAAAAAAAAUACCCCAACCACAAACACGCAUGGUCAGCAAGACACACAGUCAAAUUAUGAAAACAUAAGUAUCCUAAACAUCAUUAUAGUGUGCUUUUAUCAAGUUCAUCAAGUGUGCUUGGUAAAUAGUGAAGAUCUGAACAAAAGCAAAAAUGGCAUUAUAAUGAAUAGAAGUAUCUAUAAGACAGCAGUAAAAAAGUAGUCAAUUAUUGUCAGUGCUUGCUGUUCCUUACAAACUUGUUCCAAAUGUCGGAUACCAUGGCGAAUUUGUCUGUUUUCCAGGCGUCACGUUCUAGUUUCUUUGUCAUCAAAAUGGAGGUAACGCAUGAUCUCUCUGAAGCGAUCCCGUGACAUGCUUUCUCCAAAGAAAGGUAUCCCAUACAUUUUGUGUGAUAAUCGGCCCGUAGCAUUGGGUCCCAUGUUUCAUACGCACAAAAAGCUUAUUUCUCUCCAAUUUUGUGCACACAUUUGUUUACAUCCCUGUUAGUGAGCAUUUAUCCUUUGCCAAGAUAAUCCAUCCACCUGACGGGUGUGGCAUAUUAAGAAGCUGAUUAAACAGCAUGAUCAUUACACAGGUGCACCUUGUGCUGGGGACAAUAAAAGGCCACUGUAAAAUGUGCAGUUUUGUCAUACAACACAAUGUCUCAAGUUUUGAGGGAGCAAUUGGCAUGCUGACUGCAGGAAUGUCCGCCAGAGCUGUUGCCAGAGAAUUGAAUGUUCAUUUCUCUACCAUAAGCCGCCUCCAACGUCGUUUUAGAGAAUUUGGCAGUACGUCCAACUGGCCUCACAACUGCAGAUCACGUGUAACCACGCCAGCCCAGGACCUCCAAAUCCAGCUUCUUCACCUGCGAAUCGUCUGAGACCAGCCGCCCGGACAGCUGAUGAAACUGAGUAGUAUAUUUUUUUGUAAUAAAGCUCUUUUGUUGGGAAAAACUCAUUCUGAUUCGCAGGGCCUGGCUCCCCAAUGGGUGGGUCUGGCUCCCAAGUGGGUGGGUCUAUGUCCUCCCAGGCCUACCCAUGGCUGCGACCCUGCUCAGUCAUGGGAAAUCCAUAGAUAGGGCCUAAUGAAUUUAUUUCAAUUGACUGAUUUCCUUAUAUGACCUGUAAUUCAGUAAAAUCGUUGAAGUUGUUGCGUUUAUAUUUUUCUUCAAUAUAGUUUAGGUUCAGUUUCGAGGCAAUUAUCGGGGUGAUUAUCAACUGGGCACGGCACUUUCAAAUGUCGGGAGAAGGAGCUGAGCAAGACCUACUGUCUGGAGAAGGAGGGGCAAUAGGGGAAAACCAUUUAAAAAAAUGACAUGCCCUCUUAAAACUGAUUAUAACUUCAGUUCUGUUUGUGAUAUUAAGAUUCUAACAACAACAGUGUGUUAUGACUUAACAAAUGGCAGAGUAAUAUUUUUUUUAAAUUCAUGACCAGUCCAAAUUACUGCUUUAGUGGUUCUAGUGUUAAAAUGGCAAAAAAAGCCUCCAUCCCAUGGCACAUUUUAUAGAAUGGCAGGAAAUAAGCUUUAAACCUGCAAAAUGUUUUCUCCGCCAACAAGAUGGGUUUGAAUAGUGCUUGUACCCAUAGAAAUAUAUACAUGGUGCGGGAUGUUCCCCAAUGCUGGAAGUGGGGCCUGAGUGAAAACGUUUGGGAACCCAUGCUAUACUUAAUACCUGGCUUAUACCUAAUGCUAAUACCUGACAAGCAGAGACAUGUCCUAGGUUUCACAGAAUAGUGCUGGUUGUUUAGUCUACACCCUCUCGAGAUAUAAUCUAAUACAUGUAACUCUCCUGAUCAGGCAAAGCAUACACCUGUCAGGAGUGUAAAGACAGCACACAUCCUUCCACGCCCCCUGAACACAAAGGCGAAAGGACAGAGAGGCUUGUCAAUGUCAAGAGUGUUUUGAAUCUAUCCUGAUCGCUUUCGCUCUGGGUGGAUUUCAAUGCCUCGUCACAAUCCCUCUUUCAAAAUGAAGCUCAGAUGUCAACGAACAGAGACUGUUAUUGCUUUUUACCUGUCUACUCACCUAGUGGACUCGGGUUGCAGACACACACACACUCCUUUCAGUGUGCCUGUCAGGGAGGGAACUCUUAGGUGGGAUGCACUAGGAUUUCCUCACCACACGUAUAUAGUAUACUCUGUGGACCGCUGAGGAAUGAGGUGGCCUGGUUUCUUUAUAUAACCCCAUGCUGGCCAUGUUGUUUGUCUUGCUGCACAGCUGGAAACACUUUGUGAAGGGAGCAAUCUAGGUCAUGACUGUCUCUUCGUGUUUGAUAAACGUUGUGUUGUUAUGACUUGGGGGCGGGGGGGGGGGGACAAUACAGCAGUCAACAGAGACAGGUGUCUGUCUGAUUGAUGAUUGAUCUGUCAUAACUAACUCUGCUUGUUUUGUUUCUCUCUCUCUCUCUCCCUUUUUUUCUCUCUCUCUCUCUCUCUCUCUCUCUCUCUCUCUCUCUCUCUCUCUCUCUCUCUCUCUCUCUCUCUCUCUCUCUCUCUCUCUCUCUCUCUCUCUUCUCUCUCUCUCAGUGUAUGCGUCAGUCAGCCUGUACCUGCUCCCCCAGCGGCCUGCCACCCUGAUCCUGUAUGAUGACGUAGUCCAGGUUCUGCUGGGAUCCCCAGGUGAGUGUCUACAUACAUACCUACCUGUAACUGCCUGGUCCUGUAUGAUGACGUAGUCCAGGUUCUGCUGGGAUCCCCAGGUGAGUGUCUACAUACAUACCUACCUGGUCCUGUCUGGUCCUGUAUGAUGACGUAGUCCAGGUUCUGCUGGGAUCCCCAGGUGAGUGUCUACAUACAUACCUACCUGUACCUGCCUGGUCCUGGAUGGCUCAGUUGGUAGAGCAUGGCUCUUGCAGCACCGGGAUUGUGGGUUUGUUUCCCGGCCCCCCCCAUACGUGAAAUGUAUUUAUGCAUGCAUGUCUGUAAGUCACUUUGAAUAAAAGCGUCUUCUAAAUGGCAUAUAUAAAAUAUAUACCUAUACCUUCUCCAAACUAUACUUACCGUCCUCUUUUACACAUCUCUCCUCUUCCUCCAAACACAAAUCUCCAUGACAAAAUGUCUGGCUUGUGGCUUUUCAACCCUUCUCCACGUGACCUUAGAUGGACAAAAUCAACAUGCGUGCGAUGGCGCACGCAGACGCACGCGCGUGCCCGGUCUAGUCAGCAUGUAAGUGGCAGAACAAAUGGAGCGUGCUGUCCUCUAGCAAUGCAAGCCUGUCUGUAUUCAAAGCCAAUGACAUCACUAAUACAUCACCUGGCCGCUACACUACAGCAAAAGAGAAACAGGCUUUUAUUGCCAAAUCAGCUAAUCACAUGUCUUAGUAGUGUGCGUGUGCGUGUUCGUGCGUGCGGAUGGUGUGUGUGUGCGCUUCUGGGUGCGUGGGUUCAUGCUUUUGUGUGUGUGUGUUUAUUGCCCGAGCGAUAAUCGAACAGAUCCGAUAAAAUACACUCGUAACUUUCCACGUUGUUGAUAGUGCCAAUAAACCAGCAGCACAGAAGAUAUAGCAUCCAAAUUAAAUUGACCUAGAUACAGCACUCUUAUCUGCCUCAAGGCAUUUCUAGGCAAACCAAACAGGCUAUAAAUGUCUUCCUGAAUUUACGCCUGUUUAGGAAUGGGCUGGGUGUAAAGUGCAUGCUUUGUUAAUCUCUAAGAAAUAAAUUAAAGAAAGACUUAUAGAUUCACCAGUCGUUGUUCCAUAUGAUUUUAAUAAUUGCUUUCACAGCAGCAGGAGCAGUGUGUAUUAUUGUUGUGUUGUUAUAGCCCACAUUAUGGGACGUGAUAAAUUGUGAUAAACGUGAUAGAUAAGUUCCUGUUUAAUGAUACCCUCUGAGUGUGAAAAUCUAAUUCAAGCAUAUUUAUUUUAUAAACCCGUUUUUACAUCAGCAGUUGUCACAAAGUGCUUUACGGAUACCUAGCCUAAAAAGAGCAAGCAAUGCAGAGCCAGAUGCACAGUGGCUAGGAAAACAAUCAUAACCUGCAGUUGGGGGUUUGGGGUGUGUGUUUCGGGGAAUGCUGGGUAAGAAAAUGAUGUUCUAUCUUUAACUCUCUAUUCCUCUUAAAUAUACAGUAUGAGGUGUUAGCAAUAGGCACAGUGUACACCUCCCUGUCUUCUCACCCUCCUUCUUCCUCACUAUAUCAUUCCCUUCGUCUCUGUCAGUUUCUCUGCUUACGCUGCCAGUACAGUGCUGUACGUGGUGCCACAGCCAAGUGAAUUAAAUAUAUAAUCAUGGCGUCAUCCCUCAACGUCCCAUCACCUGUCCAGUCCAAUGAGUGAGCCAGAAUGAUGUAAUCCACUCCAACCAAGGCCCCUUAGGAAAUCUGUACAUGUGACAUGCUCACACUUUCUCUGUAGCUCUUGCUCUCUCAAUUUCUCUCUCUUCCUUUCUCUCUCGCUCUCUCUCUCUGACACACACAUCACACAUUCUCUUUACCAGUGGUGGGAAAAGUACCCAAUUGUCGUACUUGAGUAAAAGUAAAGAUACCUUAAUAGAAAAUGACUCAAGUAAAAGUGAAAGUCACCCAGUAAAGUACUACUUGAGUAAGUAUUUGGUUUUAAAUAUACUUAACUAUCAAAAGUAAAUGUAAUUGCAAAAAUGUACUUAAGUAUCAAAAGUUAAAGUACAAGUAUAAAUCAUUUCAAAUUGCUUAUAUUAAGCAAACCAGAUGGCAAAAUUGUCUUGUUUUUAUAAUUUACGGAUAGCCAGGGGCACACUACAACAUGCAGACAUCAUUUACAAACAAAGCAUUUGUGUUUAGUGAGUCCUCCAGAUCAGAGGCAGUAGGAUGACCAGGGAUGUUCUCUUGAUAAGUGCGUGAAUUGGACCAUUUUCCUAUCCUGCUAAGCAUUCAAAAAGUUAAAAGUACAUUAUUUUCUUUAGGAAUGUAGUGGAGUAAAAGUAAAAGUUGUCAAAAAUAUAAAUAGUAAGUACAGAUACCCCCAAAAAUACACCACUGCUCUUUUCUGUCUAUCAACUGAAUCUCCAUACCUCCUCCCUCUCUCUCUCUCUCUCUCUCUCUCUCUCUCUCUCUCUCUCUCUCUCUCUCUCUCUCUCUCUUCUCUCUCUCUCUCUCUCUCUCUCUCUCUCUCUCUCUCUCUCAUCUCUCUCUCCUCUCUCCCCCCCCCCCCCCCCUCUCUGAACUGUCAAGCCCAGGGCCCCAGAUGCAGCGGUUUUCCCAUAUCUCCUUAACGAUCCCAGAAUCUGGGACUGAUGUGACUGUAUGUGUGCGUGACAGGAUGAGAGGCAUUUAUUGUGACUGCAGCGCAUUGAUUAAUUAUGCCCCAGACAGGUUUCUCUCUUCCUCUGCUCUUCCCUCUGUCAAGAGGUUCUUUCAUGCUGUAAUUGCUUACAUAUUACUCCACCCCCAUGUAGUGUUUUAGUGUUGCCGAUUUAUAUGGCAAGGAGAUGCUUCCUUUACUUGUUCAAUUGAUUUGGGUCUACCUUAGGUAGUUGUAUGUACAACUGUUGUACAAACUUACCCCACCAGACAUGCCACCAGAGGUCUUUUCACAGUCCCCAAAUUCAGAACAAAUUCAAGAAAGCGUACAGUAUUAUAUAGAGACAUUAUUGCAUGGAACUCCCUGCUAUCUCAUAUUGCUCAAAUGAACAACAAACCUGGUAAAAAACAACAACUGAUAAAGCAACACCUCAUGGCACAACGCCUAAAAAAAGUGUUGAGAAAAACAACAAAAAAAGUGUUGAGAAAAAAAGAGCAGAAGUAAAAUAAAUUAACAGUAGGGAGGCUAUAUACACGGGGGUACCGGUGCUUAGUCAAUGUGCGGGGGCACCGGCUAGUUGAGGUAAUAUGUGGGUAGAGUUAAAGUGACUAUGCAUAAAUAAUAAACAGAGUAGCAGCAGCGUAAAAAGAUGGGGUGGGGGGGGGGGGGGGGGGGGGGCAGUGCAAAUAGUCCGGGUAGCCAUGAUUAGCUGUUCAGGAGUCUUAUGGCUUGGGGGUAGAAGCUGUUGAGAAGCCUUUUGGACCUAGACUUGGCGCUCCGGUACCGCUUGCCGUGCGGUAGCGGAGAGAACAGUCUAUGACUAGGGUGGCUGGAGUCUUUUACAAUUUUGAGGGCCUUCCUCUGACACCGCCUGGUAUAGAGGUCCUGGAUGGCAGGAAGCUUGUCCCCAGUGAUGUACUGGGCCGUACGCACUACCCUCUGUAGUGCCUUGUGGUUGGAGGCCGAGCAGUUGCCAUACCAGGCGGUGAUGCACCCAGUCAGGAUGCUCUUGAUGGUGCAGCUGUAUAACUUUUUGAGGAUCUGAGGACCCAUGCAAAAUCUUUUCAGUCUCCUGAGGGUGAAUAGGCUUUGUCGUGCCCUCUUCACGACUGUCUUGGUGUGUUUGGACCAUGAUAGUUUGUUGGUGAUGUGGACACCAAGGAACUUGAAGCUCUCAACCUGUUCCACUACAGCCCCCCGUCGAUGAGAAUGGGGGCGUGCUCAGUCCUCUUUUUUUUCCUGUAGUCCACAAUCAUCUCCUUUUGUCUUGGUCACGUUGAGGGAGAGGUUGUUAUCCUGGCACCACACGGCCAGGUCUCUGACCUCCUCCCUAUAGGCUGUCUCAUCGUUGUCAGUGAUCAGGCCUACCACUGUUGUGUUGUCGGCAAACUUAAUGAUGGUGUUGGAGUCGUGCCUGGCCAUGCAGUCAUGGGUGAACAGGGAAUACAGGAGGGGACUGAGCACGCACCCCUGAGGGGCCCCCGUGUUGAGGAUCAGUGUGGCAGAUGUGUUGUUACCUACCCUUACCACCUGGGGGCGGCCCGUCAGGAAGUCCAGAAUCCAUUUGCAGAGGGAGGUGUUUAGUCCCAGGAUCCUUGGUUUAGUGAUGAGCUUUGAGGGCACUAUGGUGUUGAAUGCUGAGCUGUAGUCAAUGAAUAGCAUUCUCAUGUAGGUGUUCCUCUUGUCCAGGUGGGAAAGGGCAGUGUGGAGUGCAAUAGAGAGUGCAUCAUCUGUGGAUCUGUUGGGGCGGUAUGCAAAUUGGGGUGGGUCUAGGGUUUCUGGGAUAAUGGUGUUGAUGUGAGCCAUGACCAGCCUUUCAAAGCACUUUAUGGCUACAGACAUCAGUGCUACGGGUCGGUAGUCAUUUAGGCAGGUUAUCUUAGUGUCCUUGGGCACGGAAACUAUGGUGGUCUGCUUGAAACAUGUUGGUAUUACAGACUCAGUCAGGGACAUGUUGAAAAUGUCAGUGAAGACACUUGCCAGUUGGUCAGCACAUGCUCGGAGUACACGUCCUGGUAAUCCGUCUUACUCAUAUCGGCUAUGGAGAGCGUGAUCACAUAGUCAUCCGGGACAGCUGGUGCUCUCAUGCAUGCUUCAGUGUUGCUUGCCUCGAAGCGAGCAUAGAAGUGGUUUAGCUCGUCUGGUAGGCUUGUGUCACUGGGCAGCUCGCGGCUGUGCUUCCCUUUGUAGUCUGUAAUCGUUUUCAAGCCCUGCCACAUCUGACGAGCGUCAGAGCCGGUGUAGUACGAUUCAGUCUUAGUCCUGUAUUGACUCUUUGCCUGUUUGAUGGAUCGUCGGAGGGCAUAGCGGGAUUUCUUAUAAGCGUCCGGGUUAGAGUCCCGCUCCUUGAAAGUGGCAUCUCUACCCUUUAGCUCAGUGCGGAUGUUUCCUGUAAUCCAUGGCUUCUGGUUGGGGUAUGUACGUACAGUCACUGUGGGGACGACGUCAUCGAUGCACUUAUUGAUGAAGCCAGUGACUGAUGUGGUGUACUCCUCAAUGCUAUCUGAAGAAUCCCAGAACAUGUUCCAGUCUGUGCUAGCAAAACAGUCCUGUAGCUUAGCAUCUGUGUCAUCUGACCACCUUUUUAUUAACCGAGUCACUGGUGCUUCCUGCUUUAGUUUUUGCUUAUAAGCAGGAAUCAGGAGGAUAGAGUUAUGGUCAGAUUUGCCAAAUGGAGGGCAAGGGAGAGCUUUGUAUGCAUCUCUGUGUGUGGAGUAAAGGUGGUCUAGAGUUUUUUUUCCUCUGGUUGUACAUUUAACAUGCUGGUAGAAAUUAGGUAGAACUGAUUUAAGUUUCCCUGCAUUAAAGUCCCCGGCCACUAGGAGCGCUGCCUCUGGAUGAGCGUUUUCCUAUUUACUUAUGGCCUUAUACAGCUCAUUGAGUGCAAUCUUAAUGCCAUCAUUGGUUUGUGGUGGUAAAUAGACAGCUAUGAAAAAUAUAGAUGAAAACUCUCUUGGUAAAUAGUGUGGUCUACAGCUUAUCAUAAGAUACUCUACCUCAGGCGAGCAAAACCUCAAGACUUCCUUAGUAUAUGUCUCGUUGGUAGGAUAACCAUAAUCUUAGGUCAGCUAAUUUAUUUUCAAAUGAUUGAACAUUAGCUAAUAGGAUUGAUGGGAGAGGCAGUUUACUCGCUCUUUUUCCUUACAAGGCACCCUGACCUACGUAUGUAUUGAUAUGUAGGCUAUGUCUGCCAUUUUUACAUGUAUGUAGUUCUGUCCUUGAGCUGUUCUUGUCUAUUAAUGUUCUGUAUUAUGUCAUGUUUCAUGUCUUGUGUGGACCCCAGGAAGAGUAGCUGAUGCUUUCGCAAAAGCUAAUGUGGAUCCUAAUAAAAUAUCACAAAUACUUAACCAGCUCCAAUGACUAGCUACCCCUGUGUUCUUAGUUAGUUAGUCAGGUUUGAAUAGUACUUAAUUGAGUCAGGAUGAGAUACAGUUAUACAACUCUUUUAACAUCUAGAGCAUCUGGCAACUUUUAUAGAGGAUGUGGUCAUUUUGCUGACACACACUCUCUCUCACACACACUCUCACACACACACGCACACUCUCUCUCUCACACACACUCUCUCUCUCACACACACACACACACACUCUCUCUCACACACACACACUCUCUCGCACACACUCUCUCUCUCACACACACUCUCCCACUCUCUCUCAAUGCCUCCAGGGUAUUCUCGCUCAGUCGGUUAAGACACACACACGUACUCACACACACUCCCUCUCUCACACACACUCUCUCUCUCACACACACACACUAUCCCACUCUCUCGCGCUCUCUCUCAAUGCCUCCAGGGUAUUCUCGCUCAGUCGGUUAAGCGAGGAGCAGUUUAGCACGUUUUCUCUGCUGUAUCUCUAAGCGGUAGAGACGAGUCUCUCAGGAGGACUAAGCACGGUAGUGUAUCACGACGAGGGCCUUAGUAACAGGGAGAAGAAAGACAGUAGAUCCUUGUGCUGAUGGAUAGGAACUGAUGAGAGGCCAUCUGAAAGUGCAGCGCUCAGUGCUGAGGCUGGUCACCGUGGAGACAACCGGUGGCAGGAAACUAAAGUGUUUUGGAGAGAUGGAGGAGUACCAAUGA